UCUACCCGCCGGAUGUGAGCACAUUUCCCGAAGUGCCUCGCGAGUGGCCGUCGGGAUAGCUAGCUUGGGAGAGUCGUUCGCGGGUUGCAAGUUGUCGUUGUUGUGGGUGUUGCGUGCGCCCGGUAGCUCCACGAGAUUGAGGCCCGGUCACUACCUCGUCGGCGCACACAAUGGCGCUUCUGCGGGGCGUGUGGGGCGCUCUGAGCGCCCUGGGAAAGUCCGGGGCGGACCUCUGCGCGGACUGUGGAAAUCGAGUGCGCUUUCCGCUCGGCGUUUCGUAUGUACCAAGAUGGUUUUCAUCCGCCGUGAGUAGUUAUCCAAAGAAGCCUAUGACUAAAUACGUUCGAUUUUCUAAAGAACAGCUACCCUUAUUUAAAGCACAAAACCCAGGUAUGAAAAAUCAAGAACUUAUUAAAAAAAUCGCCCAACUGUGGAGGGAACUUCCUGAUGCAGAGAAAAAAAUAUAUGAAGAUGCUUACAAGGCAGACUGGCAGGCAUACAGAGAAGAGAUAAACAGAAUUCAAGAUGCGCUAACUCCAAGUCAGAUUAUAUCUUUGGAAAAAGAAAUCAUGCAAAAACGUUUAAAAAGGAAAGCACUAAUAAAAAAGAGAGAGUUAACAAUGCUUGGAAAACCGAAAAGACCUCGCUCAGCUUAUAACAUUUAUGUAGCUGAAAGGUUCCAGGAAACUAAGGAUGUUUCAUCACAGGUAAAGAUGAAGAUUGUAAAUGAAAACUGGAAAAAUCUCCCUAGUUCUCAAAAGCAAGUAUAUGUUCAACUUGCUAAAGAUGAUAAAAUUCGUUAUGAUAAUGAAAUGAAAUCUUGGGAAGGACAAAUGGCUGAAGUUGGACGAGAUGAUCUUGUGCGUCGCUCAGCAAAAUUCAAAGAAAACACUGGCCACUAAGGAAUGUUAAAGUAGAAGAUUGAGUUACUUUGACAAUGGAUAGACACAAGAAAGCAAUUAAGUCUCAAUAUUUGAAGCUGUUGUAAAACUAGGAUAAAUUUGGUAAACAUUUUAUAUUUAACUCCUUUUUUUUUAGCUCAUGGACUUACGCCACUUUAGUACAUUUUGUAUUAGUAUCAUGCUUUAGAAAACCCAAACAGGUAAAAAAAAGGUCAUGCAGAAUUUAUGUUGUGUUUAAGAACUAUUGAGGAUCAAUAUAAUCCAUGAAAUGUAGUAGAGAAUCAUUUUACCUUUGAUAAAGGUAAAUCAGACUGUGAAGUUUUAUUAUACUUGAUGACUAUGGAAAAAGUAUUCUUGUUUCCUUAUGCUAUGGAGUCAGGAGUUUUCUAUUCAAAAGUGUUCCAAGUUGUAGAAACCAGAGUGUUCUAUGGUAUAAUCAUGUAGUUUUUUAAGAGCAGUGAGUGCUCACUUAGGUAAAUUCCAAAUUUAUAUUAUAUUCAGAGUUGAUGGUUGUACAUGUAAGGGAUUACUGAUUUCUUCUGCCACUUUUUAUAAAAGGCAUGGAAAGAUUUACAAACCUUUUCCUAAUUUUUUUUUCCCUAAAGUAAAAACUAAGAAAUUAUGUACCAAAUCUAUGCAUAUUGUUUCAUAGUGCAUGGAAUAAAAUUUUAAAUCUUUUCUAAUUAUAUGUUAUAAGGUAGAACAUUCAUUUUACAGCUUUUUUGGUUUUUUUCCUUCUUUUUUAAGUAGGGAUUUUUAUCCUGAAUUAUUUUCUCAUUCUCAUCUAAGUGCAUUUAUCCAGUAAGUAGAGAACUUGUCUGGUCUAAGUUUUAAAAUGAGGGAUCUAGCAAACAAAAAGUCUCCAAAGUCUCUAGACUUGGAAUCUGUGAGUUUUAAACAUUUUCCUGAUGUAAAGGUGUAUAUAAGGGAUAGCUAACAGUGGCUCAUGGGCCAAAGCUCACUGCUUGCUUUUAAUGGCCUCUGAACUGAGAAUUGUGUUUAUAAUUUUAAAUGGUUAGAAGAAUAUUUCAAGACACAUGAAAAUUAAUAGGAAAUUCAGUGUCCAAAAAUAAAAUUUUACUGGUAUAUAGCCA